CUAUCCUGAUGCUGCAGAGGAGGAUGUUAGAAGAUAUGAAAGGUCUUACAGGAAGCUUCCACCGGCCCAUAAGGCUUUGUUACCCCACUAUCCUCAAAAGUUUCAAAGAUUACGCAGGGGUCUCCCAUCAAAACCAGUUGGAACCUUUGAAUAACAGCAUUCUUGAAACCAAACAAAGACUGGUUUGGGUUGCACAUUUCCCACCAAACCAACAGAUUUCUCAGCUAAGACUGAUAUCUUUUUUCAAUAUGCAUUGCUGAAGCUUAGGAUUCUUUUACCAUUUUAAGCUUUGAUAACCCUGGUGUAUCUCAAUGAAUUCCCAUUUCAUAUUUGGCAUGCUUCAGGUAUUCGAACCUCCACUUGACAUGAGCCAGGACAUAGAAUUUAGUGAAGAUCCACAUUGCGAAUGUGCUGAAAAAGAUCAUUUAGUUUCUGAAGGGAUUAAUGCUUGCUCAUGUGAGUCAGCCCCUGUUAGAAUAACAUGUUCUGUUUCUAAUCAACAUUGUUGUGGGGAAGAUAGCAAUCAUACAUGCAGACCACAAGGAUUUACGCAUCCAAAUGAGGAGGUGGACAUUGAGAGUCGUCACCAGUCAAAUACUGGGAGCCUCUCUCCGGGCUUGAUAAAUACUAAAGAAACUACUGAAUAUUGUAGUGGAAGUUCUAUUACUGAUUCCAAUGGCAAUGUGCCAGUCCCCUCAUCUCAGCAACAAUGGUUGGAACCAUCUUUACGAUUGAAUGUUCCUUUAGUUGAUGUAGAUAAGGUACGAUGUAUUAUAAGGAACAUAGUUAGGGACUGGGCAGCAGAGGGUAAAAAGGAACGUGAUCAGUGCUACAACCCUAUUCUUGAAGAGCUUAAUAUGAUAUUUCCUAAUCGCAGUAAAGAGAGUCCACCUGCAUGUUUAGUUCCUGGUGCUGGGCUUGGUCGGUUGGCCCUUGAGAUUUCAUGUUUAGGAUUUAUCAGUCAGGGAAAUGAAUUUUCAUAUUACAUGAUGAUAUGCUCGAGUUUUAUUCUUAACCAAUCCCAAACUGCUGGUGAGUGGACAAUUUAUCCUUGGAUUCACAGCAAUUGCAAUUCAUUAUCAGACAGUGAUCAACUUCGUCCUGUUUCAAUACCAGAUAUUCAUCCAGCCAGUGCAGGAAUUACUGAAGGCUUUUCCAUGUGUGGAGGUGACUUCGUUGAAGUCUACAGUGAUUCAAGCCAAGUUGGUGCAUGGGAUGCAGUUGUGACGUGUUUCUUUAUUGAUACCGCUCAUAACAUUGUUGAGUAUAUUGAAAUAAUUUCAAAAAUUUUGAAAGAUGGGGGAGUUUGGAUAAACUUGGGACCUCUACUAUAUCACUUUGCAGAUGUGUAUGGACAGGAAGAUGAGAUGUCCAUUGAAUUGAGUUUGGAAGAUGUUAAGAGUGUCGCAGUAAGUUAUGGAUUUGAAUUUGAGAAAGAAAGCACAAUUGAGACAACUUACACCACAAAUCCUAGAUCAAUGAUGCAAAAUCGCUAUUUUGCUGCAUUUUGGACGAUGAGAAAAAAAUCUGGUAUAGAGAAAUUGCAUGUGCUCUGAAAAUGGAGGAUGUAACUAUGAUUAUCCUUUCUUUUAUUUGAUGAGGCUUUAUAAUUUUCUUGAAUGCAUCAAACUCUGAUGAUUUAUUUUUUUGUUUGUUAAAAAUAUGAUGAAUGUUUUUCAUAACUAUGCAUAUCAAUUAUUGAAUACUGAAUACAAUUUAUGCGUGGUUUAACAUUAAA